CGGUAAUCCUCCUCAACCUCUUUGGCUGUCAGCUGAUUGUCGAGUCCAGAGAAAAAGAAAACAUAGCCAUGGCGGCAGAGAUCCAUUCGAGGCCACAAAGCUCAAGACCAGUCCUUUUAAAUAAAAUUGAAGGACACUCAGAUGCGGUCAAUUCUGCAGUGUUGAUACCUAAAGAAGAUGGCGUGAUCACUGUUAGCGAGGACAGAACUAUCCGGGUAUGGCUGAAGAGAGACAGUGGUCAGUACUGGCCCAGCAUCUACCACACAGUUUCCUCACCAUGCUCCUGUAUGUCAUACCACCAUGAUAGCCGACGCAUUUUCAUAGGGCAGGACAACGGGGCCAUUGUGGAAUUUCUGAUGUCUGAGGAUUUCAACAAGAUGAACCAUGUGAAGACCUACCCUGCUCAUCAGAACCGCGUGUCAGACAUGGUGUUUUCUCAGGAGAGCCAGUGGGUGGUGAGCACUGGACACGACAAGAGCGUGAGCUGGAUGUGCACCCAGAGUGGCAGUAUGCUGGGACGCCACUACUUUGGCUCCUGGGCCUCGUGUCUACAGUAUGACAACGACACACAACAUGCCUUUGUUGGGGACUAUUCUGGGCAGAUCACCCUGCUGAAACUGGAGAGAAACACCUACUCCACCAUCACUACACUGAAGGGACAUGAAGGUAGUAUUGGAGCUCUGUGGUGGGAUCCUGUUCAGAGGCUGUUAUUUUCAGGAGCAUCAGACCACAGUGUCAUAAUGUGGGACAUCGGCGGUCGCAAAGGACGCACUUUAUUACUCCAGGGACACCAUGACCGGGUCCAGGCCGUGCGCUACUUACAGCUGAAUAGACAGCUGGUGUCCUGUUCUGCAGACGGGGGCAUCACAGUCUGGAACAUGGACACGCCCAGAGAAGAGGCUCCACAGUGGUUGGACAGUGACUCUUGUCAGAAGUGUGAGCAGCCUUUCUUCUGGAACAUCAAACAGAUGUGGGACUCAAAAACCAUUGGUCUUCGGCAGCACCACUGCAGGAAAUGUGGAAUGGCAGUUUGUGGGAAGUGUAGUUCCAAGCGAACUACAUACCCAGUGAUGGGCUUUGAGUUCCAGGUACGCGUGUGUGACACCUGCUACGACACCGUCAAGGAGGAGGAUCGUACUCCGUUAGCGACGUUCCAUGAGGGGAAGCACAACAUAGCCUUUAUGGACAUGGACCCGUCCAGAGGUCUGAUGGUGACCUGUGGGAGUGACCGAAUUGUGAAGAUCUGGGACAUGACGCAAGUAGUUGGCUGUAGCAUAGCAACAGGCUUCACCCCACGCUGAUUGGCCCACCCCUUUCUUUCCCCCAAACUCUCCCCGGCUCUACUGACAAGAGUCUGUCCGUCUAUGUCCUGGAGACUGUCGUCAUGGCAACUCUUGUCUCCUCAUCCAUCUGGCUUCUUUUGUCUGCCUGACUGCUCCUAUGCUCUCUACUUCCUUUGGAGGAAGGUGUCUGUGUUGUAUAAAUGGGUUGAUACAAGUGUUGGUAACCGUUCAUGCAUUUAGCAUUUUUGGUGAGAAAGUAUAGUGUCAUUUGUCUCAGGUCUAACUUCCAGUGUGUACUUUUUCAGCAGUGCUCCAAGCACAAUUUUGUGGACGUGCGUGUAUCUGUGUGUGGAAGGAGCAGUGUUAGUGUUUACCUAUCUUACACUAUUGUCUGGUUCCAUUGCGAAAGUGGGUCAGCGCUAAUCUGUCGUCUUGCACUGUAACAUUGGACUGCUAACACCCCUAAUCCACAGGCGACGGCCCAUGGACAGUCAGAGGGCUCUUUCCUCUUGGCUGCUUACCUCCCACCUUGUGAGAUUUUGAAUAGCGUAAAUGAACCACGGAAACAUAGCUUUUAUAUGUCCAUAUUCAUAGUGUGUAGGAGAUGUAGUGUGCUUAAUGCUAUAAAUCCCUCACCAAUCAAAGGAGGGCGUUUUCUCUCUAGUCGUUUUCUUUCUAUCUGUUGUUCUCUAUUCACUAGUUGGCCUUAAACUCACCUGCUGGUCUCAGGAUGAGUUGAUGAAAGGGUAUCCCGUCUGUCUUUGCCAGGUAGACCAAUCACCUCGGCAAACCCAGCCAAGCCGUAACCACAGCUGUGACCACACAGAGCUUGUCCAACUCCACCUCAGAGAUACCCAAAACAUAGUAUUUCCUCAAAUUUCCUAAAUGUACAAAUAUCACCUCUAGUUCUGAUGAGCCCAUAACACCUAAUAUUUUGUUGCCUUCGAGAUAAAUUAAGAUGCAUUCGCAUAUAAAACAGGGUGAGGUUUUGUACAUGUUCAGAUUAUUUUCUUUGGCUUAUGGCCUUUUUAGACAGGUACUGAAAUGGUGUUGUAUAUAAUAGUCAAUGUAGCACUAUGGUUUCCAUGCACGCUAGUGUUUUACGCUGUUCAAUCUCUUACUGUGGGAUUGUGGGUAAAAACAGAGGCUGCCUUUUGUUCCCUCUGUGGCCUUAAGAGAGAGGCACCAUGCCUUCUAAAACCUUCAAAACACUCGGCACUGCUCUCGCAUGAACACAUCAACACUAUGCUCCGUCUUAUCUCUUAACUUUCCACUACACGUUUUUUGAUUGCGUUCAACACUAUUGACUUGCUUCUACUUUUUCCGUGUCGUUCUCCUGUUCUGUUGUGCCCAGCGCCCCCAUAUGUUUCUCCACUGCACUGAAAUGCUCAAGUGGUGGCGUAGAGAGAUGUGUAUACAGUCAUUAUUUUACUUUCCAUUUUGAUUCUUGGAAUUUGCGUUGUUACGGCUCGCGGACUUACAACUUGUAAAUAUUUGUCUAAUUUGUGGUAGGUUCAACUAACACUUGCCUUACGUAAGGUAAAACUGAACAUAAUGUGGGAGUUCCCAACUUUGAAAUGUAGUCUCAUUCUAGUUUGAUCAUCUAGUAUGUAAUAUUUAUAUUUGUAGCUGUGUUUCUGCUUGUUUACUUUUUUUUAUUUUAAUUUGAUGGAUCAUGGGGGUGUUGCAGAAACAGGAUGCUGAUGUCACUGAGAAAUGUCAGUGUGCUUCUGCUGAAAUACACAAACACUUGUCAGAGAGGUGAAGGUGAAAGGCACAGAUGUUAUGAGAAGUUGAUGUCACAAAGAGACAUGGUGAGGUCACAUACAGUACAGUCCUCAUAGAUGUGUAGAGUUCUUGGGAAACACCUUUGCUACUGUACAAUCAGGACUUUUUAGUCCUUUACUGCUUUUGUGAGAUCAAAAGAGAGCCCUGGUGCUCUGUAAACACUACAUCCCUAACUAACUUUUUGAGUAGUGGAUACCUGGAACAGAUUUCAGAGUGCUUUCUGCUCCCAUGAUUUCCACUGAGUGACCAGGAUCACAGAGAAGUCUCUUGGUGUGUAUGCUUGUUAUUACGUAGAAGUCUAAUGGGUCCUAUCCCACCGGAAAUCAUUUCUAUACUUUUUGCAUUAUUUGUGUUUACGUUUUAUUAGUGAUCUCUGGUUCUUUUUGUUAUACGGCAGUUAUGUGUGGAAUUUCACUAAACCUCGUGCAUAUUUUCACACAGCUAUGACAUAGAUCAAUUAACCUUUGUUUUAUCACAUCAUACUGCUUGUAAAAGAAUAUUGCCGUUCCAAUGUUGUUGUAUAUCUCUAAUAAUUGUAUUUUUAAAGAAAAUGUUGUUAAUAAUAUUGACAGUACUGACUUUAGUCUUCCUGUGGCACUCUGGACACAGGGAGGAAAGAAAUAAAAGCUUAAUAAAGAUGUUCAUUCUGA